GAGUUGGCUUUUCAAGGCUCCUGUAUAAAUGGAAACUCGCCUCGAAACUCCCCGAACGAACCAGGCAGGGUCUGACUCACAACUGCAGUUAGUACUUAAAGGAGAGAAAAAAAGAGAAACCCACCACUAGAGCAGCAGCCAGAAAACUCUAUCUCCUUAUGACUCAACGUGUAGAAAUACUUGGAUUUAAUCACCUCAGCUGCUGGAGAGGAAAGAUCAGUCGGAGUUAAGGUGUCCCGUCGGAGGAGACGUCCCACCUUUAUGGCGAUUCUGAGCGCCAGGGCAGAGUUCUGCCAGGCCCAGCACAGCCUCCUGGCUCACAAGUGAGCUCAAGGGCAGGGGGGGUCCCACCCACGUGCCAUAAAAUUCCUUUGCCUCGGAGACCCCGGACACAGCGGACACACUCCAAUAUAUGGGAUAUCCCGUGCCCCUUGGAAGCGCAUCCCUGUCAGUGACUCUGGCAAAGCUCAAGCGUCAGGAAAACAAAGUGGAGAGGAGGAAAGCUGCCCUUACCUUUUUGCCUCACCAGUGCCUAAAUGUAGAACAGGCUGCCCAGCCCUGCAUGUAGUCGGAAUUUGUGGAGUCUGGAGGAAACCACCCGCAGCAGUUGAGGCCCAAGUUGAGUUUGAGCGGAUUCUGAAGCUUUUCUGGAAGUGACAUCCAUAAGGAACAAACACGUCAAAGCAAGCUCUGAUCAAUCCCAGGCUUAUUAGUGGUCUUUUUGAUGUUUUCUGCUGUGAAACCUUUCCAAAGUUAUUGAUUUUUUUUUAUUAUUAUUAUUUUAUUUCUUUUUUUUUUUGGCCCCUUACACAUUUUCUUUGCCAUUAUGAACCGUCCAGCCCCCGUGGAAAUCACUUACGAGAACAUGCGUUUCCUGAUCACUCACAACCCAACCAAUGCCACCCUCAGCAGGUUCAUCGAGGAGCUGAAGAAGUACGGAGUGACAACCUUGGUGCGAGUCUGUGAUGCCACUUACGAUCAAGCUCCCAUUGAAAAGGAAGGAGUCCGGGUUCUAGACUGGCCCUUUGACGAUGGAGCACCACCCCCGGGGCAGAUAGUUGACGACUGGCUAAACCUUUUGAAAGCCAAAUUCCGGGAGGAGCCCGGGUGCUGCGUGGCUGUGCACUGUGUGGCAGGCUUGGGAAGGGCUCCUGUUCUGGUUGCACUUGCUCUCAUUGAAUGUGGGAUGAAGUAUGAGGAGGCAGUUGAGUUCAUAAGGCAGAAAAGGAGGGGAGCUUUCAAUUCCAAACAGCUGCUUUACCUUGAGAAAUACCGACCUAAGAUGAGGUUACGCUUCAAAGAUGCCAACGGUCACUGCUGUGUUCAAUAAAAACGUGGUCUCAAACGAAGGCACAACUUAACAUGGCUCUUUUCUGGACUCUUGGCACCUGGAAAUGUGAAUCUGGAAUCAAACUACGUCAUCAGAUUAGCGAUGUGGAGUCAGUGCUCCUCAACCUCUGUCCUAAGGGUGAUGAUGAUU